AUGUGGUUUAUGGAGGGGGUGAGGACAGGGGUGAUGUGGUUGAUGGAGGGGGGGGGUGUGGUUGAUGGAGGGGGGGUGAGGACAGGGGUGAUGUGGUUGAUGGAGGGGGGUGAGGACAGGGGGGUGUGGUUGAUGGAGGGGGGUGAGGACAGGUGUGAUGUGGUUGAUGGAGGGGGUGAGGACAGGGGGGUGAUGAGGUUGAUGGAGGGGGGGGGUGUGGUUGAUGGAGGGGGUGAGGACAGGGGUGAUGUGGUUGAUGGAGGGGGUGAGGACAGGGGGGUGUGGUUUAUGUUGGGGGGGGGUGUGGUUGAUGGAGGGGGUGAGGACAGGGGUGAUGUGGUUUAUGGAGGGGGUGAGGACAGGGGUGAUGUGGUUGAUGGAGGGGAUGAGGACAGGGGUGAUGUGGUUGAUGGAGGGGGUGAGGACAGGGGUGAUGUGGUUGAUGGAGGGGGUGAGGACAGGGGGGUGUGGUUGAUGGAGGGGGGUGAGGACAGGGGGGUGUGGUUGAUGGAGGGGGUGAGGACAGGGGGUGAUGUGGUUGAUGGAGGGGGGUGA